AUGUCGCCCAAGACGGAGGCGACGUACUACCUCGUGCCUAACCUGCAGGCUCUCGACCCCUCGGCGCGCGAAGUCGACCUUAAUGCCCACUCAUGGGUGCAGCCCAUCAUCAUCGAGGACGAGGACCUGCAGUUUGGCGGCAAGUCGCUGAGCGCAUGGUACGAGGAGGAGCGGAGACGUCUCAGCAGCGGCAGCAGUGACGACGGCAACGAGCAAACGCACCGCUCCUACGAUGAGGAGCGUAGAGGGCGUGAGCGCACGCGGAGACAUCAUCACCACCAUCACCACCACCAAAAGGAGACCAAGCACAAAUCAUGA